UUUGGUUAGAGCCGAAGUCGUGAAAUGGGAGGAAAGAGCUAGACUUGGGUUCAGACAGGGUGCGCCGUUGAGAAAAAAAGGAGAUUGAGUAGCUUAAGAGGCAUUAGAGGAGGAAAAAACAAGGCAAGUUAAAAAGGGAUCCGCAACAGAGCCCCCGAGACCCAAAUUGCUGGAUGUGUCCAAAACUGACUGGAACGCUGUCAUCUGUGUGUUUUUUGCUCCAAAGCAAACGCCUUUUCUGCUCGAUCAAUGUCAACCAUUUCAUCUCUCUGGAAAUGAUUUCUGUGAGUAGAAAUGGCAGAGUGAAAUGGAAGAUUGGAACCGUUUGAUCUCAUUUUGUUCCUUUCUUUGUCAAUUAACAAUAAUGUGGCAGUCAGAGUGGGAAUGGCACAAAUCGUUUUAGUUCACCCAAAUGAAUCCAAGGGUCCACAUAUCACAACCACAACUGUCCUAAGCCAGACUUGAUAUUUAAUUCAGCAAACAAAGCAAACCUGUCAAUCUGCCGGUCUCUCACAAGCACUCCCUUCAAUCUUUACUUCGCCACUUUCCAAUGUGGGCCCUGCCGUACCCAUCUAUUAUCUCAUUUUUCAACGCUCGUCUCUCAUCACUCUUUCAAUGAAAUUUUGACUGCAAAUUUUCGUUGUGUGUGAUCCAAUGGAUCAAUGAGGCUGCCCAUGCCAGCUGCCAGGCCAUUGUGUGCUUAAAGUUUGUGUCUUGAUGCGAUAGCUUUGUGGUAAUUCAAGUUCCAGUCCCCUGGUGUUUUGAGAAUUUAAUGGGUGAAUCAAUAGUAGAUGCUUCGAAUAAAGAAGUUAAGAUUGGGGAGAUGGCUUCUUCAAAUCCUGCUUUUGAAGUGUCAGUCUCGUUUGGUAGAUUUGAGAAUGAUUCGCUUUCUUGGGAGAAAUGGUCAUCUUUCUCGCCAAACAAGUACUUGGAGGAGGUUGAGAAGUGUGCAACUCCGGGAUCAGUUGCUAAGAAAAAGGCUUACUUUGAAGAACAUUACAAGAAGAUUGCUGCAAGAAAAGCUGAGCUACAGGCUCAGGAGAAGCCAAUGGAAAGUAAACCCUUUAACUCAGAUGAUCAGAAUUGUGGAGAUCUAGUUGGUAAAUCUAAUGGUCAGUGCUCCAAUGAAGGAGGUAAGCAAGAAACUAACUGGCUAAGUGAGGUGAGUAACACCCACUUUGAUGAGCACAACGAGGAGCCUGAACUUGCCAUCAAAUCUCAAAACUCAUCGGCUGAGGGAGUGAAAGGGAAAAUAGAUAGCAGAAUGGAGAGUCAAGUGAUAGAGAAAAUAGAUAGCAGAGUAGAAAGUGAAGAGAAAGAGGAAAUGGAUAGCGCAGUGGAAAGUCCAAAGUUAAUCGAAUCGGAAGAAACCGCUCCAGAUGAAGCCGUUUUGGUAAAAGAAGCAGUGGAAACUCUUCCCAAGGGAUCUCAAGAUGAAAAGGAGUUGCCACAGAACUCAGAAAAAGACAUAAAAGACACUCCAAAGUUCAAACAUAAGAACCUAAAGUUGGGUCAUUUGGCAAAAUCUGAUAAGAUUACACCAGCAAAUAAGGAGAGAAAUGAAACAAGGAUAAAGAAGAAACCCGCAUCCCCUGUGACUAAAACACCACAAUUUUCUACACCUAAAGCAUCAAAGCCAACAUCAACUCCUACUACACCGUCUGCAUCUAGAACACCAUUAAAAACAAAGACUACUUCAUCUUAUUCUUUACCAAAGACCAAGAUUCCUUCCAUGGGAGAAAGCAAGAAAGUGGUUCCUAGAUCCUUGCACAUGUCCCUUAGUUUGGGUCCCUCAGAUUCUGGACUGGUUUCCCUUCCUGCAACAAGAAAAUCUUUAAUUAUGGAAAAAAUGGGGGAUAAGGACAUUGUCAAGCGAGCGUUUAAGACGUUUCAGAGUAAUUAUCACCAAUUGAAACCUUCCAGUCAGGAACAAUAUGCAGCAUCGAAACAGGUGCCUGCAAAGGGGAGAGAAGCAAGAGUUUCUACUUUGAUGACUCCACAAAAGGAGAAUGGAGGGUCUCCUAGAGUUAGUGGUAUGGAGAAAAAGAAUGCUAAGGCUGCUCCAUCUUAUUUUGGCUUGAAAACUGAUGAACGGGAAGACAGGAGAAAGGAGUUCUCCAAGAAAUUGGAAGAAAAACCCAAUGGUAGAGAAGCAGAGAGAAAAUAUCCCCAGACAAAAUCGAAGGAUAACAGAGAUGCAGAGAUCAAAAAAUUAAGGCAGAGCCUUAAUUUUAAAGCUACACCCCUGCCGGGCUUUUAUCAUGGACAGAGAACAUGCAAAAGCCCUCUUGAUAAGAUAGGUACCAAGACUGACAUCCAUCGGUAGCCUGGCAUCCUUGGGUCGAUGAACCAUGCAUCAUCUAAAAACACCCAGGAAAAACCAAGAAUCUUUAAUAUGAACAAAGGUCAGAAAAGAGACGUAAGAAAUACAUCAUCUCGCUGGGCAACGAAAGGUACAUUUGAAGGCAUUGUUUUUCAUUGAGGAGACAGGCCAUGAUAUUAUUGGCAUAUUGCUAAACGCGUCUAGAAUCUGUCAUUGAUGAGUCAUAUGCUGUGUAUUUGGAUACCUCAAUCUUGUCCUCAAGGUGGGGUACGUGAAUAAUGGUGCAGGAGAUAAGAGAAGAGGUUGGGGCUUUCUCAGUCUUGACGAACUGUUGCUUCCCUCACCUUUCCCUGCCAUAUAUAUGUAGAAAAAUAUAUUGUAGCUAUUCAAAUCCACAAUGAACAUUUUAAUAGUAUGCCAAAAGAGAUUAGAGUUGUGUUUUAUUAA